CAGUCCAAAGAUAGUUCAUAGAUUCCAUAUUCUGUCUCCUUUCACAGUUCAAAAAAACUGCAAUAACAGAGGAAGAAUUUUUUUACUGUGCUGUUAAAUUUAUAUUUUAUUAUUUAUAUUUUCCAUGAAUAUGAUUAAUCACUAAUUAUAAAAGUUAAUCCCUUUUUAAUCCAUCUGUUAGACUAAUAUACUCUCUGGGUUCUGCUCAAAAGCAUAAAAACCAUAGUUGAUAAUCUUAAAUUUAAUUGCUUUCUUCUGAGAAUUAGGCAAAGCCAAAGCCAAAGCCAGAGAAGAAAUAAUGACUGUAGAGAAAACAAAUGGUGACCAGUUCCCAACUGGCAUGAGAGUUUUGGCCGUUGACGAUGAUCCAACUUGUUUGUUGGUUUUGGAGACUUUGCUUCGUCGUUGCCAAUACCAUGUUACCACAACAAGUCAGGCCGUCUCGGCACUGAAGAUGUUAAGAGACAACAAGAACAAGUUUGACUUGGUUAUCAGCGAUGUGCAUAUGCCGGACAUGGAUGGUUUCAAGUUACUUGAACUUGUGGGGCUUGAGAUGGACCUACCUGUUAUAAUGUUGUCGGGAAACGGCGAUCCGAAGCUUGUGAUGAAGGGAAUUACUCAUGGAGCUUGCGAUUAUUUGCUGAAACCUGUUCGGAUUGAGGAGCUGAAAAACAUAUGGCAACAUGUAGUCAGGAGGAAGAAAAUUGAUCCAAAGGACCGCAACAAUUCUGACAAUCAAGACAAGCCCCAUCAUGGUGGUGGGGAAGGUGCAGGAUCUGGGAACUCUGAUCAGAGUGGGAAGCUCAAUAAAAGAAGGAAAGACCAAAAUGAAGAUGAGGAUGAGGAGCGUGAUGAGAAUGAAAAUGAAAAUGAGGACCAAUCAUCCCAAAAGAAGCCUCGGGUGGUUUGGUCAGUUGAUCUGCAUCGCAAGUUUGUUGCGGCUGUUAAUCAGUUGGGCAUUGACAAGGCUGUACCAAAAAAGAUACUAGAUUUGAUGAAUGUUGAAAAGCUGACCAGAGAAAAUGUGGCAAGCCAUCUCCAGAAAUAUAGGCUUUACCUCAAAAGGAUCGGCUGUGUGGCUAACCAACAAGCUAAUAUGGUAGCAGCCUUGGGCAGUACAGAUCCUUCAUAUUUGCGAAUGGGUUCUGUUAAAGGACUAGAGAAUUUCCAUUCCUUAGCUGGACCUGGGCAGUUUCAGAACAGUACUUUAAGAUCUUUUCCACCUGGUGGGAUGCUUGGUAGAUUGAACACUCCUGCUGGUCUGGGUAUGCGUGGCCUCCCUUCAGGAAUGAUUAAUGAUCAGACAAAAUUCCAUCCUAGCAUACUUCCUGGAAGCCAGAGGGGUAAUAUACUUCAAGGGAUGCCAACGUCCCUGGAACUUGACCAGUUACAACCAAACAAAAGCAUAACUGCUGAUGAUAAUACGGCAGUUUUCCCUGUUAACAGUGGGUUUCCAGAUGCAAGAUUAACCUUUGGUCGAUCGAAUAAUCCUCAUCUUGGUGUUACAAACAACCCCUUGAUGUUAGAAGGACAGCCUCAAGAGGCCCAAGGUAACAGAGUAUUUGGAAAUCAAUCUUUUGUUACAUUGAUGCCCUUAAAUUCAGGAUCUUCUUCCCAUAUACCAGAUCAUGGUAGAUUCAAUGACAAUUGGUCAACUGCUGUUCAGUCAUCUGGGAUCCCGGCAAAUUCUUUUUCAUUUGGUGACUGUUUUAAACAGUCUACUCUGCAUCCGUGUAACUUGAGAGACAAUCUUUCUACAAUGGCCUUGCAAAUUGGAAAUAAUCCAUGUGAUGUUUCUUCUAUGCCACCACUGGACAAUCGAUUACAGGAUUCAAAAGCAGAUUUACCAUUCCAAGGUGUACCUAUCAGCAAAAGUGCAGGGCAAAUGAUUAGCAAUGUCCCGCAAGGAUGGCAAAACCAUAAGCACAAUGCUUCAUACCGCUCAAAUAUUGGAUGCAACUCGUUAAACUCUGCAAUCCCCAUUAAUGGUGAUGCGGGGACUUUGGGCCAAAGCUUGGACCCAAGUAACACUCUUUUCCACAGAAGCACUGAAUUUGAUUCAAUUGGACAAUCAAAUUAUGUUGAUCAAUUUCCCAUUAAGAUGAAUGAGGUUCAAAGGUCUGGUAUGCAGACAUCAUUAAAUCCGAAGGAAGAGUAUCUCAUGGUCCAACAGAAGACACAGAGUGGUUACAUUUCUAAUAAUGUUGACUCAUUGGAAGAUUUAGUGAGUUCAAUGGUGAAACAGUUCUGACGUGGUAGUCAUAAUUCUAGCCUCGGGCAUCUGACGACAGAGUUGGGUAAUGCAGGAACAAGAAAAGGUCACAUUACCAGAAGGCAACUUUGGCUGCAAUAAUACUUAUUCCCUUCGAACGUGCAUAUGAAAGUAGACUAUAGCUACUAACAAAGAAGGAUCUGCUGCAAAAGCAUUUUCUUAUUUAAUUUUGCCUUGUGUAAUCCAUACUGCACUUUAAUAUGUAUGUAUCUGUUGCCAUUUCAGGAGUCCUGUUGCUACUUGUAGUUGAUAAAUCUUCUGCCCUUCUUUUUCUUAGUACAGUUGAUGUUUCCAGUUAAUUGAACAGAAGCAAUGGCAAUUUAAUAGUAGCCUGUCUAUUGUACUAAGAAUUGUGCAUUAUGGAGUUAAUCAUGAUGUUCCCUCUUACAUGCGUAGAUUUCAUCAU